AUUUCAGUGAAAGAAAAUAUUCCUCCUCCAUUAAUUUGCGGCAAUUUUAUUACUGCAGAACUUGAUAUUAUUAAAUUUUGGAAAGAGCUUCCGAAUGCAAAAAUAGCAUUUUCACUACCAGAAGAAUCAGAUUUAGAAGACUUAAAACAUUAUUCUAUAAUUGAAAAUAAUCAACUUUUUAUACGCAGGUGUUUGUUUACCUGCAGCUACUUAAUACAAUCAAUGAAAGUCGUCAAAAAAGGUGAUCCUGCAAAAAGUGGCUGUGCAAUCGCAGAAAGGAUUAAUGAUCCUAUUAACUGGCCUGGCUUUACGAAAUUCUUUAUGCCAAUUUGGGAUCAAGAAGAAAUUAUCACACUUUGGGCUCUUCAAUAUAAGAAUAUAAGAAAUUAUAAAAAUGAAGAGUUUACAUUUAGUUUACUUGAAACUCUUUUAGAAAAGUGGGGACCUAUACUAAGAUUAGUACUUUUAAAGUUGGAUGAUAAUACUUAUCAAAAAGGAGACGUUAAAGAUCUGGGUAACCAGAUCACGGGUGGUCCUCACAGUAUCAGCCACCCCCGGUAUAUGGAAGAACCAAUUAUUAAUGGUCAGACUCAAUGCACAGAGCAGACUUUGGUUUCUUGCACAGCUGUAAAAGCCAGGCAUACGGUGAGCGAAUCUAUAGAAGAAACUUAA